AUGAUGGCAGCCUCUGGCGCUCCGGACGUCAGUCGUUUCGGCCUCUCACAAGUCUAUGCCCCCAUUGGUGGGGGACUUGUCGACGUCGUCUUCGUCCACGGUCUAAACGGCAAUCCACAUAAUACAUGGACGAGCGAAAGGUCAAAGACCUUCUGGCCUGCACAGCUGCUACCACCUAUACUCACUGAUGAGAGAGCACGGAUAUUGGUGUAUGGAUACGAUGCGGACGUCACAUCUUUCACAGACGGGGUAUCCACAGACAAAAUACACAACCACGCCGAGCAUCUUGUUGCGGAGCUGGUAGCCAACAGGCGGAUCCGAAAAGCUUCAGAACGUCCCAUCAUCUUUGUCGCCCAUUCUCUUGGCGGACUUGUGGUCAAGCGUGCCCUGAUUUACUCGUCCGAGAUCCGUGGGAUCUAUACUGAACAUCUACGGUCGAUAUACGUAUCCACGUUCGGAAUACUGUUCCUUGGUACCCCUCACAAAGGCUCGGACGUUGCGGAAUGGGGCUCUCGCCUGGAGUGGAUCUGUAGCGUCGCUCUACCAAGCAGGCUUGUCGACACCCAGCCUCAACUGGUGGAUGCCUUGAAGAAGAAGAACGAAACUUUACAAAAUAUCGACCGUCAAUUCAUACAGCUUAUGAAUAGAUUCCACGUUUAUUUCUUCCACGAGGGGAAGCCUACCAAUCUGAAAGGAACCUUGAAAUACAUUGUCGAUGAGGAAUCGGCAUCUCCAACUGUUCAGGAUGUCGAACGUGCUAGUAUCCAGGCGGAUCACUCCCACAUGUGCAAGUUCGAAAGCGAUGCUGCUCCAGGCUUCGAUCUGGUGGCCGAAGGGAUACAACGAUAUGCAGGUGAGGCACCAGCAGUUGUCAGUGGACGUUGGGAUGAAGAAAAGAAGGCACGGCUUGCGCAGAAGCAAGCUGCAGUUGAGGAAUUGAUUCCAGGUAGUUUGAAAGCAACGCCUCAAACAGACUCAUCCAGCACCAACUCAUCUACGCCUGGUAAGAAACAAUUGGCAUUACCUGGCACCGAGAACCAAUCCCCUAUGCAAGACUUUGAGAAUUACGAGGUUGAGGAACCCGCAGAUAAAGACAUGGAAUUGGCUUGA